CAUGUAGAUUAAAAUACUAAGUAGAGACAAGAUAAUAUAGUAUGUAACGAGUUAAUCGCACUGAACGAGAAAGAAAUUGAAAGCGUAACAUGUGACCUAGUAUAACAUAAGUCUUUAUUAUGUUGCAGAUGUAUCUGCAUAAUAUUGCAUAUCUUUUUAAUGGAAAACAAAAAUUAUAAUCAAAACAAACAGCGUCAAAUAUAACUCAGUUCGAAAAAGAAAAAAAAAUCAAUUCUCUUGAAAAAUCGUGUUUAAGAUGGAAUGCGGAGGUUGUCAUUCGCUGGGAAUUACUUAACGACGAGACUCUGCAGGAAUAGCAGAUUUCCAGUGAAGAACGGCAGUGUCAGAAUUUUCAGUGUGGCACACGGAUUUUAUUGUUUAUUUUAAACUUAUCGUCAAAACUCCAUUUUGAAUAUUGGUAGUUCACCUUUCCGGGAACAUCCAUCUUCUCAACGUCGGAGUUAUUAAAAUUGUAUAAAAUUUGUGCGGCAGCAAUCAAGAUUAUGAAAAGGAAAGCAAAAAUUCGAAAGACAACCAUGUUAGUUUUCGGAUUAUACGAAGGAGAGCGAUGCUCUCUAGAUGUUCCCAUAGGAACGUUAGUUGGUAAUGUGAAAAAAUUGUUUCAGGCUAAAUUUAAUAUUUACAUUGAUGAGUUGAAUAAGAAGGAUCGGAAUAUCCUGGUUCUUCAUUAUGGCGGAGCAGAUUUGGAGGAAUCUUGGUGUUUUACUGAUCUCGGUAUUCCCGCGGGUUCUACUAUCAGAGUAAUCAUAAAAGAAGAAGUGAAGCCCGUGUUAUUCAUCUACUGUACGUACAACGAUGAAAAUAUCGAAAUUAUUGAUAAAGAUUUGUCUGUACCGUUACUGAAAAUUGAGGAUCUGCGCACGCUCUGUGCUAAGAAAUCAGGACUUCCGGUAUCAGUAUUCCGUCUCGUUUAUAACAAGAAAGAACUGUAUGAUGACCACCAGCUCUUCGACUAUGGUGUAGAGGCUGGACAAACGAUUCGAUUAGAAAACUGGGAUGGAUGGAAUGAAUUUAUAAAUCUUUGUAUAAUGGGAUUUACUCCUCAAGUGAUAGCACAAAUAUCAACGGAAGAAGUCAUAGCUCGAUUUCAAAUGAAAGUGGCAUUAUUUAUUGCGGCACAUUAUGGAAACGUAGAUUUAGCUAGAUCGCUUAUAAAGCAAGGCAUCCGUGCAGAUGAACAAAUCGGCGAACAUCCCCUCCGACAAUGGAUGAGAAUGGAACCACAUAUCGAAACAAAGAAAGCACCUGUGCACGAAGCAACUGAAAAUAAUCAACUUGGUGUUUUGCGAUUAAUGGUUAAUCACGAUAUCACUUGCGUCAUGGCUAAAAAUGGAAACGACCUUGCGCCACUCAAUAUCGCUUUGCGUCAAAAAGUUAAACCGUGCGCCUCGUUUCUAUUAACAAGGCAAUGGUCAAAGGUUUCUGUUGGUAAAUUUGGUGCAUUAUCUGUUCAGACUUUAAGUAAAGUCAAAGAAUGGGCUACCAUUGCAAAAGAAAGAUGUUUCGCAAAGUAUGGAACGACAAGAUCAUCUUUGAAGAAAAAAUCCUUUACCAGUGGACCACUGGUCAGUUUUGGUAUACCCGUCGUCAAUGGCGUGACUGACAGUCCAAUGACAGGAAAACCUCGAUCAGAACUCGGAAGCAUUCGUAAGAAAUCGCUGUCUGUAUUUCAGGAUGUAUAUGGAAUCAACAAGGAAGAUCCAGAACAAUACUUUAAACAGAUGUCGGCAGUAACAAACUAUAAAAACAUGAAACUACAGAAAAACACCAAGUGGGGCAAUAUUCUGGAUAGAACUGAUAUGGGGACCAGAUUUAUCACCGGUAUCAAAUCUACUAUAGAAGAAUCAGAAGACGAGGGAUCUGCUUUACCGAAAAAGCCUGGUUCUACAUUAGGCAAAAUUAUUGGUGCAAAACAGAGGACAUUAGAGUCAAUAAGUUCAAACAAUGAAGCUAAUGGACCUCCAGGCUCUGUUAUAAGUCGUGCAAGACGAGGUACAGUUACAAGCAUUUCGGAAGACGAUUCAGAACCCACAAAACCGUUGAAAACAGGAAUAUUAGGCAAACUAAAGGGUGUUCUUGAAGCUCCAAUCAUAGACGAAUCAAAUGAAAGAUCCAUUAGAACUCCAGCCAAGCCAGCAUUCAGAAGUAAACAACUCUUAUCAAGAGACCAGACUAUAGAGCAAACUGAGGAAACAGCAAAGAAGCCGGAUCAACCUGAAAAGUUGAAACUUGAAGAUAAGGAAACUGAAAGCAAGGGAACUAUAUUGAAGCUUCCCGCAAUUAUAAAACGCAAGGAUCAACAGACUACAUCUGAUGACAAUGUGUUUACAGAUAAUACAACAGAUGUCAAAGAAAACAACCCGCCCAAUCUCGGUAUGAAGAACCCUAAGAACUUCUUUCAAACUCCAAAUAAAGGAAUAAGUAAAACAUUGUCUAAUUUAAAACUCGAUAAAACAAAAACAUCAACGAUGAUCUCUGAAGUACCAAGAUCCCCUACUCACACCGAAAAAUCAAGUGCCACCACGCAAGAGCGGAAGUCACGUAAGCGGAAGCGACUGACAUCUGCUUUAUUAAUUUCUCAAGCAAAAGCCUCCGAUGGUGCAGUUCCUCUCCCUCUAAUCAGUACUGAAAACAUGAGUCGCCCAUUCUUUUACUGGAACGGAUUACGAGAGGAGGAUUAUGUUCUGCCUUUACUAGAUCAAGUUUCGAAACACAAAGGUGCAACUUCUAGAGACAGGGCUAUCAAAUCUUUGACAAUUGCAAAUUCGUUCAAAGAAAAACCAUGGCUUGCUCAAGUGCGUAUGGCAACAUCUUUAACAUGCCAUUCGUUAAGACGUUCAAUGCUUGGUGAUAUUGAUGAUGACAAUCAAACAAUUUGAAAAUGGAUUAAAUGCAUUUAUGUCGAAUAAGUCAUUGCAUAUCAAUAAUGUUUGCAUGAAUCCUUAUUAAUAAUGUGUCAAUAAUAGUAUUAUAUUUUUAUUAUUGAUGCAAAAGAGAUGAACAUUUAAUGAAGUUACAAUAAUCAGAUAAGUAAAGAAGGCAAUUCAUAAGAUGUACUUUGAUUCAACGAUAGAGCGCAUUUAGCAGUAAAACGACUCAUUCCGGUAUUCAUCCACUGUCUGACAGCCUAUUUGGGACUUUUUGUUAACGGGAUGGGGAAGUCAAUAUAAAAAUAUAUUUGGGUAUCAUAUUGAUCCUUGUCGCCAAUAUUUUGUUUUCCUUAAAAAGGAAAAUGGUAAAAUGGCAUAUUUUAGUAAAUGUCAUGAAAUACUAUUGCACCGAAUUUGUAUUUGUAGGGGAUAAUUUUUAAAUUUCUUUGAAAACAAAAAAAAAAACAAAUUGCUUUUACAGUCCUUAUUUGGGUUUGCAUUUGAGGUUUUUUUAAAAGAAUAAUGACUCAGACCCAUCCUAUCCAUCCCCCCCCCCCACAAUAGAGGAAUGUAACAUUAGGCGUCAUUCUUCCGAAUUAUGUAAAAUUAACAAUUAAGAUAAAUUUUAAAGGGGAGAUAAUUAAAAAAGAACGAAUUCAGUUGAUCAUUUUUUAACUACUUUUAUAAAAUGGUGAGUAUUAAAUCAAAAGUAUUUUAAAUAAGUUUUAAUUUUUUUUAAAUAUAAUGUUUACUGUAAUGCAGUCAUAAAGUACUAAAUGUGUAAGGAUAGAGAUACGAAUAUAUUUAUUUAUAAAUCUUCAAUAUGUGGAGGUAAGAAAGGGAGGAGGAGGGGAUUGUAAAAUUUUAAUAUUUACCUUCGAAAUGUCUAAGCAAAAAUCUUUUCCUUCUCUCUUCGAAUAAAAGGAGAUUUGGGCUAUACAUCAAUAAGACAGAAACCUAGCGGUAGAUAACGUGCUCAGUUUACAAUAACGACGCUACGCGCACCACUACUGAAACCAGGAACACGGCACUCUGUCGGGGUACCUGUCUUUUUGUGUGAAUCGAUUCGUAACCAUUAUGUAGAGUGUAAUGUUUUUGUUAAUAUUUUCUACCUUUUGUCUUAAACCUUUUAGGCAAAGUAUUGUUUUUAAAUCGAUUUAUGAAUUUUGAUUGCUGCAUUUGUAUCUUCUUUUUAUUUUCUAUUAUUGUUUUAAUAAAUUAAUUUAUUAAUAUUAUUGAUUUUUGUUCUGUGUCAGUAAUGGUAGUUAAAAAAAAAUAUUUAGAAAGUUGUUUCCCCUUAUUUGGUAGUUUACUGAACAUUUUCCCAAUGUUUAACCCCAGUUGAUAAGACAUCAAACAUAAGAAUGCUAGGACAUGUUGUUUUAUACAGUUUUAGUUAUUUUGCACUGUAAAUUUAAAAAUAAGUUGACUAAUGCAUGAACUAGUUCAAAACAAACAUACAUUUUGCACAUUUUUUGAGAUUUAUUUUUACGUUGACAUCCAUAUUUUGUAAUUUAAAAAUGUAAAAGCUCCCGUCGCUGUAGACAGCAUAAUGCCGAUUUUAUAUGGAAUCAAUUUUAUACCAAAAUUCCUUCUUUUUUUCGGAAUAUAUUUUUGAAGGAAUUACAUAAAUGUAAAGUGGGUUUUAUUCGUUGGUGAAGGCCGUACGGUGACCUAUAGUUGGUAAAUUCUGUGUCAUUUGGUCUCUUGUAGAGAGUUGUCUCAUUGGCAAUCAAACCACAUUUUUUUACUUUUAUAUAGAUGUAGAAAAAAAUCUGGUUUCAACUACCGAACUUUAAUCAGAUAAAGAUAUUUCAUUUAUAUAGACUUUUGUUGAAUAUACUGCUACAUGUACUAAGGGGGUGGGGUGGGGUGGGGGGUGGGGGGGGGGGGGGGUGUUUAACGACCUUGAUUACUCAUGAGCGUCUCGCACGGUCGGUUGUUAUAUAUGAAUAAAGUUCUUAAACGUAGCAGUUUAAGUGUUCCUUUAUGAAUAAGUAUACUUGUUGCUGGAUGAUUUUCUUGUAAUUGUUUUUAUAUUAUUUUUGUAUAAUGUUUAUUUACAGUUGUGUUUUAGUCUUUUUGUUUUAAAUACUUUAAUUUUGUUACUAAAUAUGUGAUAAGAAUAUUUAAAUUUUGAUUUUUUUUAAAUGUAUUUUAAAUACUUAAUGUUGUUACGUGUACUAAUUAUGUGAUAAGAAUAAUAAAUUUUACACAAAUAU